AUGGCAAAUUUUUUAAUAUAUGAUGGAGCUUCAACUUAUAAUCCAUUUGAUUAUGAAUAUCCAAUUAAUAAAAUAAAUAAUAACCCAAAAACAUUUAAAUUUCCUCCAAAACAUUCAGUUUGUCUACCACAAAAAGAUCAUUUCAUUGUUGAAAGACAAUUGGCAUUAGAAACAAAACAAUAUACAUAUAAUUUCGAACAUAAUGUUAGAGUAGCCGGAUUUGAUACCCCAGUGGUUGGUUUACCACCAUGUUUCAAAUAUAUGGCACCAACAUAUGAAUUACCAAAAUGCGAACAAUUAAUGAAUCCAAGUUUUGCUGCACAUGGAUUUAGUUUAUUAUUUUCAGAUUUUCAAGCAAAAAUUAAUAAUUAUUUAACAAAUAAAAAAAGUGAAUAUUUUGGAUCAGUAUCAGAAUAUUUAAAAAUGAUAAUGUUACCAAAUCCACCAAAAUUAAUAGAAAAUCAAACAAUUGAAAGUUUAAAUAAAUUUGAAUGGUUAAAUGAUAAAGAAUUUGGUAGACAAAGAUUACAAGGUUUAAAUGCUGGUCAAUUAAUUAGGUUAACAAAUGAAAAAGUUCAAGAAUUAGAUCUUUUUAAUAAAUUAAAAUUUGAAAAGAUGUUACCAACAUUUAAUAUGAUUCUUUCUAGUGAAGUUAAUAGUAAUUUCCAAAAGAUGCUUGACAAUGGUAAUUUGUAUAUGGUUGAUUAUUCAAUAUUUGAUGAUGUAAAUUAUUAUGAAUCUGCCAAGAAAAGAGGUCGUUACAUUUCAAGUCCAAUAGCAUUAUUCUAUAUCAAUGAAAAUGAUGAAAAACUAUAUCCACUUUGUAUAAAGAUUUUACAAAACGAUGAAUUGUCACCAGUGUUUACACCUGCUUCCAAUCCACCAGAAUCUUGGAUAUUUGCUAAACUUUGGUUCCAAUCUGCUGAUGGUCAACAUAUGGAAUUCUUUACUCAUCUUUACGAAUGUCAUUUAUUAGGUGAAGUUUUCACAAUUGCGACCCAUCGUCAACUUUCAACUUCUCAUCCAAUCUAUCAAUUGUUACAUCCUCAUUUCGAUCUUUUACUUGAUAUAAAUCAUAGAGCAAGAGGUAAUUUACUUUCAAGUUUUGGUCCAAUUGAAUCUUUAUUAGGUGGUGGUUCAAUUGCUGCACUUCAUUUAAUUGUAAAAUAUCAUAAAAAUUUCAUUUGGAGAGAUAAUACAUUUUUAAAUAGAUUAAAAAAAAAUAAUACAUUAAAUGAUAAUAAAAAUCGAAAAUAUUAUUUUAAAGAAGAUGGUAUUGAAAUUUAUAAAAAUUUAUUUGGAUUUGUUCAAGAUGUAUUAUCUAAAUUUUAUACUAGUAAAGAAGAUAUUGAAAGAGAUUUUGAAUUACAUUCAUGGGUUGAUGAAAUAACAAGCGAACAUGGUGGCACAAUUAAAGGAUUAAUUGAAGGUGAAAAAUUAGUUGAACUAACUCAAGUGGUUGAAUUAGUUACCGAUAUAAUAUUUCGUGUAACUGUUGAACAUUCAAUUGGUAAUCAUGGUCAAUGGGAUAUGUUUGGUUUUACCCCAAAUGUACCAGGCGCUCUCUAUAUGGAUCCUCAUAAAAUCAUUGAAGGUAUACCAACAACAUUUGAAAUGAUCAUAAAUUCAUUACCACCAAAGAAAGAAACUCAGGAUCAAAUUGCAAUCACUCAUCUUUUAGCAAAUACUGAUACUGGUUUACCAACUUUUAUCUCUACAAUUUAUGAAUUUGAAAAAGAUCAAUCAGCUCCAAAUUUUAAAGAUAUUUGUUCCUCCUAUAGAUCGAAAAUGGAGCAUUUAUCAACAAUUAUCGAAAAUCGUAACAAAAAUGUAAAUAUGCCAUACUCUUAUAUGGAUCCUUCAAAAAUUUGUGGUUCAAUUUAUAUUUAA